AUGACUCAACCUCAUCGUCGCUCUCCUUCUUCCACCCAUCCUUCUAAAUCCAAGUCUUCUCGUCCUGUCCUACAUCGUCGAGGUACCUCCGCUAUCAACCUCUCCAUCUCCAAGCUUGGCUCGGGCUCUACGAACUCACACUCUCGCUCCAACUCUCGGGGUAAAGACGAGGAGACCGAAUUCGAUAUGGCCAGCUUUCUGAACUUCUGCUGCCGCCGCAAAGACUCCUGCAAACCCCUCUCGGCCUCAAUGCCCUCAAUGCCCAUGGCAACAACCCCAUCAACCCCACCCGCCUCACCACCACUCUGCCCCCGAACAAUCGUCGCCCCAAUGACUCCAACCCGAGUCCAAGACAUCCCCUUCUCAAGGAUACCAACCCAAACUCCUACAACAACCAGCUCAGAUCUCGACCCCACAGAAUGGAAGCCCGUAAUAAACGCCCCAUUCACUUCAACCUCAACCCCAACCCCAACAACCUCAACCGCCUGUCUGCCUGGCCUCGGCCUCGCCAGCAGCGCCGCACCAUCCCUCUCCUCUUCAGUCUCCAGCUCCGCCUCAGAUUAUCUGGGCAGCUACGAGCACCGACCCCUUCCACCACGCCACAACCCCUCCUUCUCGGGCACAUGCCCCAAGGGCGUGCAACUCGUUGUUCCGCACGUGAGCUCUGCCCCCGACGUCAGAGUCGAACUGGUCGAUGGUGACAGCGACAGCGGCUCCAUCUUUCCGGCCAGUAGCUCUGUUUGGGAAGACGAGGUUAAGAAGGGACGGUCCGGGGCUAUUUCUAUCGCGCGCGGGUCUGCUGCGCGGACCUGA